AUGUCGCUCCCAAAUAGUCUUUUGGCAUCUAUUCCUGUUCUUUCUGGGAACAAUUACAAGAGGUGGGUAGAGGACCUAGAAAUUAAUCUGGGACUGCUUGACCUUGAUACGGCUCUUCAAGAACCAAAAUCUACUGAUCUGACGGAUGCGAGUAUGAAUGCUGAGAGAGUUAAGAUGGAAAAGUGGAUGACAGCUAAUUGGAAGUGUAUACUGGUGUCUCAGAAGGCUGAGAAAGGGGAUCUGAUGAAUCAGAUUACGUCAACUGUAUUCAAUGGUACUGAGAGUAUCAGAGAACAUUUACUGAAGAUGGCUUCCACUGGGAACAAGUUGAGGGAUCUUAGGAUGCCUAUAGAAGAAGAACUUUUGGUACAUCUUGCACUUAAAUCUCUCCCAGAUGUGUAUGCGAAUACAAAGUCUGCGAAUGCUGCUCAGAAGGACAAUGGAUCAUGA